AAAAGGGGGACGGUAAACUGGACGCUUUGUGAUUGGCUGCUACCGGCUGACGUCACCUCCGCCGUGACGCGGUGCACCCAUUCACAAAAGAGGAGAAACACUCGGAGAGGAGCGACAGAGUAGUGCGGUAACAAUGCGCUCAUAGAGAGGGGCGCAGAAAGCAAACCACCGCACAGAUAACCGACAGUGAAGCCUAGAAACACAACACCUGAACCGGCUUGCCAUGGAAGACCUGGGCGAGAUGGACUGUCCGGUGGUGAAGCGUUUCUUAAAGGACGACAACGCCAAGUGCCUGCUGCUGGACUGCCGCUCCUUCCUCGCCUUCAACGCGGGACACAUACGCGGCGCCGUCAACGCCCGCUGCAACACCAUCGUCCGCCGCAGAGCGAAGGGCUCCGUGCUCAGCCUGGACCAGAUACUGGCCGGGGACGAGGAGGUCCGAGGCCGCCUCCGGUCCGGGAUGUUCUCCGCUGUGGUGCUGUACGACGAGAGGACGCCCGACGCCGAGACGGUGAAGGAGGACAGCACGCUGACUCUGGUGCUCAACGCGGUGUGCAGGGACUCCUCCGGAACACAAAUAUACCUGCUCAAAGGUGGAUACGACAGGUUUUUCUCAGAGUACCCAGAGUUUUGUGUAAAGACCAAAUCCUUACCGACCCUCACCAGCCAGUCCAGCAUCGACUCUGGCUGCUCGUCUUGUGGGACACCACACCACGACCAGGGUGGCCCAGUUGAGAUUCUCCCGUUCCUCUACCUUGGUAGCGCCCUUCACGCCUCAAAGAAAGAGGUUUUGGACGCCAUAGGAAUCUCCGCCUUGCUAAACGUUUCCGCCGACUGUCCCAACCACUUCGAAGGGGCGUACCAGUACAAAUGUAUUCCGGUGGAGGACAACCAUAAAGAAGAUAUCAGCUGCUGGUUCCUGGAGGCUAUUGAGUUCAUAGAUUCAGUACGGGACUCCAGUGGGAGGGUGCUGGUCCACUGUCAAGCAGGCAUCUCCCGCUCCGCCACCAUCUGCCUGGCCUACCUGAUGAAGAGGAAGCGGGUGCGUCUGGACGAAGCCUUCGAGUUUGUGCGGCGGCGUCGCAGCAUCAUCUCCCCCAACUUCAGCUUCAUGGGCCAGCUGCUGCAGUUUGAGUCCCAGCUCCUCGCCACCUCUUGCGCCGCCGAGGCAGCCGCCACAGCGAGCCCGCUUCUCGGACCCAAGUCCUCGACGACCACCACGGUGACGGCGGCCACGCCCACCUCGCCGUUCAUUUUCAACUUCCCAGUUUCUGUGGUGAACUCUGCCUACCUGCACCACAGCCCGAUAACAACCUCCCCCGGCUGCUGAUGGAUAGCCAAUCGCAGCCUUCCCCCAAAUAACUUAUUCGGAACAGACUGGGCUGCCAUUGGCUGGAAGAGCUGUCAAUCUUACUGCCCGCUCCAGUAUAUACAUGCUUCCAGGGCAGGGAGGCGAGAAGCGUCAAGGUGCCUGAUUCAAAACCCAAAUACUGAAAACAACUUUUUAGAGUCCAGAAACCAGCCAACACUCCUUCCAUUUUAACACAAGACUUCUUCAAAUGGACCAAAAAAUUAACUGGCUUUCGACAUUUGUUUCAGCAAAAAGGUUCGGUCGGAGUGUUGGACGGACUUAUCUUUCCCUGAAAAACAAAAACAACAACAUUCACAGGGGCGCAGUGACACACAAACACUGACACAGAAAGGCGUGAGCAGCAGCAAACGCUCUCUCUGCCUCACUCACUCACUCACUCACUCACUCACUCACUCACUCACACACACACACACACACACACACACACACACACACUCACACACAUAUUCAUGACUACCAACUGAAUAAGCUCAGUAUGAAGACAGGGUCUGUUGCUAUGGAGACAACAGGGCUUUAGGAGAGGAGACGGACACAGGAAGGAAGGAGGAAUUUUAAGCACCCGCUCUUUCCCCUUUGGGUGUCCCUCCUGUUGCCAGACAAAAGAGAUGGAUGGAAAGAAGAGGGGAAGAGACGGUGAUAGAAAGCAGGAGCCUCUUCCGUGACAGGUGCUCUGACCGGAGCUUCCUGUCUUUUAUAUGUCCUCUUCCUCUCUCUGUCUCUCCCCCACACCUUCCUCUCCUUUCAUCUCCUUUUCAUCCUUUUUAUAUUCCUUCCCUCCUCCUCCUGUCAUCUCUGCCUCUCAUCUUCACCCCGUCCGCCCCCUCUCCUCUGCUCCUCAUCUCCUCACUGAAGAGCCUAAAUAAAUAGAAUAAGUUGCCAAAUAAAGGCCAGGGCCCUUGAAAAUGAACUGGGAAGCCCCACUAAAGGCCCCUGAUACACACUGUAGGAAACCCCAUUCAGCUACAUUACAGAAAAGCUGUUUUGGACGAAAGGGCUGAAAGAAAAAGCUGUAAGAGAAUGACAUUGAACAUGAUUUUCCUUUAAGAUCAGAGGGGACAUUUUGGAGAAUAGUGGCUCUCACUUAAAGGACCGCCCUGGUGGCUUUGUAUGUUUUAUUGCAUUAUAAAUUAUUUAUAUUUACUUUUAAUCAUUUUCCAAAACAUGCAUAACUGUUAAGACAUUGAUUUCAGCUCUUUUCUGCAAGUUUUUAUAUUUAUUUUCAUAGCAACUCAACUGAAAACAUUGACUCCUUAGGGAUGCUUUGGACAUUUACAUUUUUUUUAGUUAAUGGUGUAAAAUGCGCAUCACCAGAGAGUGGUUCCUUUUUAAGAUGUUUGUGCCUUGUUCAAAAAAGGCAUCCAAUGGAAAGCCGAUUGCUGAAUGUUAACUUAAGAAAGAUCUCAGCAUUUCAGCAUUGUAGUACGGACUCUUAUUCCACAAUGUCAAAAGAGCAAAAGCAUCUCUCUUCAUCUCUUACAUUCAUGUUUUCCAAAUAAAAAAAUAGACUUUUACACUUAAAAUUAAAAUAACGAGAAUUAGACAAAAAAUGCAUUUGUGAAGUAUGCCGUGACAUUUUAAAUAUGAUCGAAUUGGAGAAAUUUUAUAGGCAAUAUUUCUUUUGCAUAUCGUUGUGGCUGGAUUUUAAAGACAAGAUAUUCAAACAGAGGUGUUUUACACUCUGCUUACCAAACAUCAGGGUGUUGUUCCUUGUUAGGGGAAUCCAGGUCAAACAGAAACACAAUCACUUAUUAAUUUCACCUUUUAAAUCCAAACGGAAAAAAAGAGUGAUGGAGAUAAAAGAGAAGAUAGCUUUAGGCUCCAAUAACAGGUAUUUGUAUUUUUUUGUUUUUGAAGUUUGUCCACAGCUCUCCCUGGCACUAUGAAGUCUUGCAAUACUGUACUUACAAUCCACUCAAGGAAAACAGCGAUAGCAGUGACUUUUUAGGGUGUCACUCAAAAAUAUCAUGUCAAAUUUUCAUAAUGUCACAAUCUAAAACAGUGUUUGUAUUGCUUCGCCCUUUUGACCAGGCUAAGCUUUACACUCUGUGCUAGACAUCCAAAGGCACAAUUUCCAACCAUGGUUGCUUUUAUACCCAGGUCCUGAUUUUUGCACGACAGAAACACACAACUAAGCACACACAAACACACACACACACACACACACAAAGGAAACAAACAAAGAAAACAAACCUUUUUUCUGUUUUUGACGAUUGUCGUCACAUUUUUCUGUAGCACUUUGAAGUGAUGCAAUACUGUAUUUAUAAUUUAUGAUUGAUUUGAAAAUCAAGGUGAUGGUAGACUGACUAGACGUUGCAUAAAGACAUUUCGUCCAUCUAGAGAGAGAGACAGAGAGAGAGAAAAGAGAGGCAAUCAGUGAAAAACGCAAUACUUUGUACACAUCUGUGUGGUAAUUGUCUGUCUGUCUGUCUGUCUGUCUGUCUGUCAGCCGGUCUGCCUCUCUGUUCGUCCAUCUGACUAGACUAGACUGUCUCUCUCUGUCUGGUCAAUGCUGUUUACCCAUCAUGGCAAUAUCAAUCCUCCAUUUGGACAUUUAUAUUAAAAACAACUUUCCCUCAAUUUUAUUGUGGAAUGAAUCUGUACAUUUAUUUAUUACUGAAGAUCCACUGUUGAAUAAACAAUGU